AUGCCUGCCUCCUCCAGUGAGGUCUGGGCGUCCUGGACAGUUCGCCAACUUCGACAAGAGUGCACGUCGAGGGGCAUCGACUUGACUGGCUGCUUCGAGAAGGAAGGCAUACUCCAAAGGCUCCAUGCUGCGAUCGCAGACAAAGAUGUUGCAGAAGCGAAGUUGCGCGAGCCAUCCUCCCAGGACUUCAACACUAGCAGCUCGAGACACGAGGAUGUCUCUGACCCUGACCACACUAUCGAUUGGCAGGCCAAAAGCAUGCGCGAGCUUCGCCGAGAAGGUGUACUGUUAGGUGUGGAUUUGAGAGGCUGCUUUGACAAGGCGGACAUUGUUCAGAAGCUCAAAGUUGCCAAAAAGAGCGUGCCGGCUGACCGAAUCCAAUCCCAGCAUGAGGGAGCACACGCGGCUGCCAUGGCACAAAGCUCCGAAGCCAAGCAGAGCCACACAGCUCCCCGGGACGCACGGCAAGCUAGCCCGGUGAAGAGCACGCAGCCGGGAGCGGAAGAGUGUUCUAACCAUGAAGGCAUGUACCAAGCGCUUAGAACGGGAAAUCCUGAGUCCCACUCCAGCCAGGCAUCCCCUAAGCGCAAGCAGCCUGCCUCCGGAGAGAAUGCUCCGGAGUUGGCGGCAGAUCUCUCCCACAAUGGUGCAGGCUCCAAAAGCAUGGAGCCAGGACAGCCGACGCUAGAGGCCACAGCGGAGGCAGAGGCAGAGGCAGGGCAGCUGGAUGAGCAAGGAUCCAGAGACAGAGAUGAGCUCCAGAAGCGGCAAAGAGAACCGGAGCAGAAUGAGCAGAAUGAGCAGAGCGAGGAGCCGCACAAGCAGCAGCGAAUACAGAGCACUUGGCCAGUCAAAGAUCCUGGAGACAUGAACCUAGUUGGAGAACCCUGCUUCAAUGCGGAUGCCAAGAACCACAUGCAUAGAGACGCAGAAGUGCAAGGAUACUCACUGGAGGUAGUGCCAAUGAGAACUCUGAUCAAAGAGUGCAAGCUGCUGGGCAUCGAUGCAUCUGGCCUCUAUGCAAAGUGCGAGGUGAUCAACAAGCUGAUGUCUGUCCUGGACCAGACGAUUGUCUACAAGACGGCAGAAGCGAGCCGAUUCCGAGUCUUGCCUGGAGGGGAAGUUGGUUGCCAUGGAGACUCACCACAAGACUCCGAGGCUGCGCUGCCUGAACCAGCUGGACCUCCAAUUGCAUUGUCUCCGUUCAAAGAAUCAGAAAGGCCUAAGACGCCGCCCAAGACAACUUUCUGCCCAUGGUCGCUGGGUGACCCUAUCCUCGAAGAGGAACCCGAGGGGCAAGAAGUGGCACGAGGUGAAAGCGAAGAGGAGGCAGAGGAAAUCAUCAUGGACGUCCAGGAAGGAUCGGCUCUCAAGGAGCCAAGAAGUCCAUCUUCGUCUUCGAAACACCAGCCUUCGCAGGAGACUGUGGAAGGCACUACGCGUUCCGGCGAAAAGGAGGAGGGCUUGGCUCCGAAGGAGCAGAGCAGUCCAUCCUCUCCGCGAUGCCUUCCGCAGGCCGGUCGAUUGGAUUCUGUGGAAUCUGCCGUUCCGCGACCGCGUGCGUCCAUCUCCGAACUUUUCCGACUUUCUCUCUCAGAGCUCGAAGCCAGGUGCCUGGCAGAGGGCGUGGAGGUCGGUCCCGGUGACUCAAAGGGAGUUCUGAUCUCAAGGCUCAAGCAGGCAUUGUCGAAGUCCGCAACGCUGACAGCUUCCAGUGCUUCCAGCCCCAGUCCACCCCCCUUCCCUCAGACUACAGUGAGCCAGGCAGAGCCGCCGCAGAAGACCCAGCCUUCGCCUUCAGAACACGCAUCUCCCCGUGCUGCGCAAGCCCAAGCCAGCUGCAAACAAGAGCCCGAGAUGUUCAACAUCGGGUCCGAUGACGGAAGUUGCGAGGAGCAUUCCGACACAGACUUUUUUCCAGACCUGCAUCAGGGCCACGUCUUCGGCACCGACACCUGCAAGGCUGAGGCGGCUGAGUCUGAUGCAGAGCCGGAGGCCAGGCCGAGCAGGCCGAGCACGCCGCCUGGGCAGUCAGCCAGAGCCAGGGAAGGAGACUCUGAGCAUCCAGAAGCGCAAGCUUCAGCGCCGAGCACACCGCCUUCUCGUGCAAAAGCUUCAGAGAACACUGAGAGCAUGGCGUCUCACACGCCAGACGAAGCAGACGAAGGCGGAACGCAGCACAGCAGCGCAGCUGAGCCCAGGACAGAUUUCCGCACGCCAUCCGACCCCGAACGGGAGAUUACUUCAGCCAUCGACGCAACUCCGGGUGCGAGCCAGGGCCCGGAAGUUUCGGCGAGGAGCAAGGAAACAGAGACUGAUACUGCCGACGAGCUGCAUUCGCAGGACCAAGAUCCAGAUCUGGGGUUUCAAGACAGACGCAAUGACGGCAGCAUGUUUGAUUUCGAUGACUUGGAUGAGGCUGAGGCAGAGCCUCCCGUCACGGUGCCAGCACCACAAAGGGAAGCCUCGAAUGUCGCGAGUGCAAAGCCGGAGUGCCCUUUGAAGGAGAAGCCGGAAGAAACGACAGGGCGGCAGGCAGCUCAGGCUCCACAGGUGCCUCAGGAUGCCGACAUUCCUGAGACACCAAAACCAGGUGAGUCCCAUCCGCUGCUACGUUUCUCAACGAAGGAGCUGCUUGAGCUGGCCAGGUCGCGGGGUGUGGAUGUUCGCGGAUGUGUGGAGAAGAGUGAUAUCGUCGAUCGCCUCACACGAUCACCCAGGCUAACAGUUCAACCAAAGGCUGAGUCAGUUCCACGCACCAGCGGCUCUCCACAGAAGCCUCCUGGACCUGAGCCCGUGCGGCUUCCAAAGGCCGCUUCGAAGGCACCACCAAGGCCCAAGUCCAAGGCAACACCAUCAAGAUCAGCCCCAAAGCCUGGAAAUUCACCGAUGCCAGAUCGUGCCAAAAGGGUGGACUACGCAAGACCGCCCCCACAGGUGCAGGCGGCCAAGGCUGCGGAAGCAAGGCUUGCAGGAGAGGUUCCGGAUGGAUGGAGCGCCAGAAUACAGACAUGGUUCGGGAGGUAUCCAGGCUUUUCGGCGCUUCUACCUCCAGAAGCCGAAAUGUGGACAGAUCAAGAACUGGACGUGUACUUCGGCAGCAACGGUGACAUCUGGCCGCGCGGCAAGAGACCAGCCUGGUUUGGGAGGUCGACUGACAACGAAGAGGCCAAACCGAUCCCAAAGCCUCAAGGUCCACGGACAUACCCAGACCUGAAAGUGCACUUCCAGACUCUCGACUUAGCUGAGACCACGCCGCCUGAAGUUAUCAGGCGACACUAUCGCCGGCUAGCUAGAGACUGCCAUCCAGACAAGCAUCCCGACAACGUUGAGGAAGCAACCAGGCGGUUUCAGCAAAUUACCGAGGCAUACGAAGCAAUUGCCAACAGGCUGAAGUUGUGA